CCCUGAAGCACCCACGCGCGAGCCACCGAAUGGGGCCGGCGGAGGCGGGGAGGGCGGCAGGGCUGGCCGGCCCGCUCGGCGAGCUCCUCCCGCCGGUGGACUUCUGCUGCGCGUACGGCUCCACGCUCCUCCACGCCCGCCCCGACGCGGCCUCCAUGGUCGACUACAUCCUCGGCGUCGCCGACCCCCUCCAGUGGCACUCCGAGAAUUUGGAGAGGAACCCCGGGCACUACUCCGGCUGGAUGGCUCGCCUCGACACCGGCGCUAUUACUCGGCUUGCGGAUAACAUCGGUGUUGGAGUGUACUUCAAUCCAUUUGUUGAGUGGAGGGACAAGAGGAUAAAGUACGGGGUGGUGAGGAUGAAGGACCUGGCCAUGGAUGUCUUGACCUGGGACCGGUUCUACCUGAGCGGUCGACUGCAGAAACCUGUUCAUGUUCUUGUUGAUAAUUGGGAUAUAAGGAAGGUUAACACAAUUAAUCUGAAAAUGGCAACUUCAGCUUCACUACUACUCUUGCCAGCUGAAUUCACUGAGUAUGACCUGUACGCCCAAAUUUGCAGCUUAUCAUACAUGGGUGAUUUAAGAAUGCUCUUUGCAGAAGACAAAAACAAGGUCAAGAAAAUUGUCGAGGGUAGUUUCCAAUCAUUUCAAUUGAUGUACAAACCGCAGAUACAAGAGUACAUUGCUGAAGGACUACUGAAGGCAUCGUCUUAUGGACAACAGAUGGCUUUCCAGCAGGAUUGUGGUGCAUCUUCAACAAUCGAACUGUUCUCUUAUCUCCCAUGGACGAUCCAAAGGCGAAUGCAAGGAAGAUUUGUAUCAAACUGCAUUGUUUCAUUUCCAGAAACGCCAACCCGCACCGUUGUUUCUUCAAAAGAAGUGGCAGCAACCUGUGUCCGGAAGGCUUUGAGGCGCCGGGUAAUGGUCUCAAGUGCACGUCAAGCGGUGUCUGGACUGCUGGCAUCAGGCGGUGCUGUUGCUGCUAGAUAUCUGGGGAAGAAGAUUUCCAAAGCUUGGAAAUCCAGAACAAUUUAAGUUGUUGCUAACACCUGAGACUGUAGAAGCCUUUGUUAGUUAUAUGGAUUUAGGGUAGAUUUUGCUUAGUCACAUGGAUUUAGGGUAGAUUUUGCUCUUAGGUCAAUAUAGGAUACAGUCUUAAAGAGUUAAACGCAUGACUUCAAAUCUUCAAAUCGGUUUGGAGUUUGGUUACUGUCAGAAUCUGGUGCUAUUGCCCAGGCAAGCCACAAUUUCUUUAGGAUCGAUCACUUAGCAUAAUGAUACAGGUGACCAUACAUGGCACACUAUGAUAUGAGACGUGCCCGUCCAC